AUGCAUCGAAUCCCUACACAAUUUCGAAUACGCCAAUCCACAUAUACUCGAUGCAUCAAGACACUCACACAACACAGAUCUCAAUAUACGGAUCUGACACCACCACUUACGAAAACACACGAAAAAGAUGACAGGCUGAUCUCUGACCGAGAAGCUGGGAGUGGGACGAGGCAGCACAAUCUUCAACGAAAGACUUCACAAUGGCGGCCAAAGCCCGGAUUGCCCUUUCCACUGGGCAUUCGCCUGCGUGGAAGCGAACACGAUACUCCCUCCAGGCAGAACUCUGAUUUGGAUGCCAUAUCCUCGUGGGAGCGUCGCAUUAUAACGAGCCGUCAUGAUCGCGGAGACCAAGGAACUUGGGAGACGUUUCUGGAGCUUCGGGACAGAAACCAAUUGCAUCUUGUAACCAGAACUGGAGCUCUGUUUCUGCGUGAUAACAUCUUGAAGGCAGCAUUGACGAAUUCUGGCCGGAUGGAGGAGCUUUUCAAGGUCGCAGGACAACUUCUAGAAACUCACGAUUUCAAUUGGCCUGAGCUAUACCUGACAGUGGUUCAUUUCUAUUUAGCACAGACUGAUUACGAAACUGCAUUGGUCUGGCAUUUCAAACUCAUGCCCAUGUUCCGUCCUGAUCUGGACAGCUUCGGUGCUCUUCUGGCAAGUUUUGCCAUUGACUUCACUCCCAAGCUUCAGAGUACUUUAACCAAGAUAUACGUCUUCAGUCCAUACCGUGAGUUGUACGACUAUGUUGUGCCGGCUCUCUUCGAAAGUGGCCAGUCGCAUGCCGCGCGUGUCUGGAGAAAAAGAUUCAUUCUUUUCAAUGACCAUCCCAAGUCACCUAAGUCCAUGCCCUUCUUGGAUUUUCUUUCCCGCUACUUUUCCGCAAUCCAGCUUACGAUGGAAGAGCUGGCAGUACUCAACGGAGACACCAGCGCUGGUGAUGCCGUUAGUACCUCUGUACAAAAUGAUACGCGAUUGGAAACGAACAGUGGGGUUUUCAGCGACAAGUUCACAGCGCGGUGGUUCGCCAGCUCGUGGACUUCUUCAGAAUUCGCGAUUAGCCUGAUGCAUAAGAUUGGCCUCCGCACAAUUGGCUUUCAGUCGUUGCAAUCCAUUGCAUUGAGAGAAGAUGACGCCCGUGGAGUUGCUGAUCGCCUGAAACAACUCCGAAAGUUAGGGAUUGAAAUUACAUCCGGAGUCUAUUGCAAAGCACUUAUCUCCUUCGCUGAACGAGGUGAAGACGACCUGCUCAGAACCCUUCUGCAUUGCGAUAUACACCCAGAUGAGUUUGAGAAUCAAGAGAAGCGGUCAAUGCUACUUGCAUCUUCGGCCCAGCGGCGAAAUUGGGGCUUGGAGCGAUUACUUCAAGAAGUUGAGGGUUUGGCAGCUACUCCAGGACCAAGUAAGGAUAGUAUCCUCUCGAAGGAUCUCAAUAAGCACCUGAGUAUGGCUCUGUCCAUGAAACAUCUCGCCAAAGUCAGGAAUGUCCUUGAUAGGAUGGAUAGCCUGGAUGUUACCAUGGAGCAGAAGAACUCGAAAGAACUUCUGACCCGUGUUUUUGAAGACAUAUGGUAUCACCCAAAGCUCAUCAGACAGGACACUCAUGGCUACCAAGAAGAUCCACAACUUGACAGAGCUAUUCACCUCUCGUUAAGAGUGGCACGACAUGGUGUUGCCGUUCCUGUUAAAUACUGGCAAAUAUUGCUCUAUAACCUCGGGCGUCUGGGACGUUUUAAUGAUCUAGAAGGGCUAAGCUAUGAGAUAUGUGAACUCUACAGCCCGGAGCCAGGGGGUUUAAUACCGGUGCAUUGGCUGGACCAACCCCAGAAGCCUGAUGCCAAAGCCAAAGAGUUGGACGUGGAGUCAGAGACUUGGUCUGAAUACUAUUCCUUCCCCGAUGGUAAGAAAAAAAAGAGCCAUUUUAAGGAAGAGUUCUGGAGAGCCGAAAUAGGCCUGCCCCAGAACGAGACAAAACCCAGACGGAAGUCUCACAAGCAAUCGAAAAACCGAAACGAUUCCAACUACGAACUUCGCAUACCAGCCGAUCUACCAUUCACGAACAGACAACAUCCCAUACAGAAGAUCUUUGAUAUCAGUCUGCAGCGCGCCAUCAUCCGAUGGGGGUUUGAUAAGACCCUGGGACAACAGCCGACUCAGUCUUCUCUCGUAACCAUCAACCCAGCGGGAAUCGCAGACUUCGACCUGGCUUGUGGUGUUCGCUUGCUAGCUAUACUAAGAGACAAAGGUGUUUACAUUGAUCAACAAAUAGUGCGAAGCGCAGUGAUUAAGCGUCUCGCAGUGGCACAAUUGCCUAUGAGACCCAGGGCUAGGGCGAGAGACGAUAGGGAGCUCUCCCCGGCGAACAUGAAGCAACUGGUGGAAGGGGCCUGGGGCUCUGAGAUACUCCCCAGUGCGGCGCAAUUGGCGUCAGAGAUCGAGAACCAAAAACCUAAGUUGUGGAAGAGCUAUCCUAGACUUUUCGAAAAGAGUUAUGAUAACGACGACAGUGUUUCAUCUAACCCAUACGCCUCAAGGACCAAAGAAAAAGCUGGUUCUAGAUAG